AAGCAGUCGACCGUUGAACCCUCUAAGGGCAACCAACACCGCCCCAUCGUCCCUCUUGACCGUCAGUCGACCUUCCUCCUGCUUGCUGAUUUGAUGCUCAUAACUACCGCAAGAUUUAAGAAAAUAUUAUAUAAGUGAACUAGAGAAGAAAUCAGCAUCGAUAGAUUGUGUAUAAUAGGUAUUGAGGAACUGCUCUCAUCAUAAGCGAUCUGAACCUGCAAACCCACUCAAACUCUCUAAAGGCUCAAUUGUCGACUGUCACUUUCAGCUCGGUUCAAUUUCUAAUCGAAGGUUCAAAGACCUACGGAAAUGAAAGCACAGAAUAGACCAGAGGCCUCCCUGAGCCAAUAUUUCAAAUCUUUUGCCGAGCCACACAUGUUUUCACAAAUCAAAAUCGAUUUGAUUGCAGCCGUUGGCGAGUUUAUGGGUACUUUUGUGUUUUUGCUCGUCGGUUUGGGUGGCAUUCAAGCUGGCAAAACAUCUAAUACGGACAAUUCUAUCUCAACUACCGGGAACAGUACUGUCCCAAACCUGAACUUAUUGAUGUAUGUAUCGACUUCUAUGGGCCUGAGUUUAUUAUUUUCUUGCUGGAUAUUUUUUCGAGCUACUGGCGCGGCCUUCAAUCCCAACGUAUCUCUUGCCCUGUUGUUGAUCCGGAUAAUCAGCCCUCUAAGAUUUGUGCUUUACACCACCGCACAACUCUUAGCUUCGAUUGCGGCUUCUGCUGUUCUACAAGCUAUCUUGCCCGGGCCAUUGGCCGUCUCGACUACUCUUGGAGCCGGCACAAGUGCAGCCCAAGGCCUUUUUAUCGAAGUUUUUAUCACAUGUGCACUGGUCCUCUCGGUGCUAUUCCUGGCGGUUGAAAAACACAAAGCUACCUUUUUGGCCCCGAUCGGUAUCGGAAUUACUCUCUUUGCGGGUCAUUUAUUUGCUAUUGUCUAUACUGGAGCUGGCAUGAACACUGCUAGGUCGUUUGGUCCUGCGGUCGUUUCUGGGUUUUCGCCAGAACAUUGGAUUUAUUGGAUCGGGCCUACGCUAGGUUCACUGCUAGCGGUGGGGAUUUACGCGUUUAUGAAGCUCUUCAAGUAUUGGAAACUGAGCGAAGGGCAAGACACCGACAUUCCGAGCAAGUCGCCCGAGUUGUUUACGCAAGCUGCCCCACCGGUGAUAGAAGUUGCAAGGCCGGCAAAUCCAGAAAAGAAUGAAGUGGGCGCUCAGGCUGGUGCAAGCAAGCCAGCAAAGGUCUUUUGGCCACCACAGUCACCCAGUAUGACUCUGAGUCAUCAAAAGAACUUCAGUCAUGACGGGGCAGGGAUGGUUUGACAAUCAAAACAGUCACAACAAUUAAACUUGAUGGAUUAACAAUGCAUCCAGGAAUCAGAAUAAUUCUUUCAUAGCUCUAAAGAUGGUGUUUGUCUACCAUUAUGUUUUAUGGGCUCGAUGCUUUGAACUCGAUGUAAAUUUGUGAAAAACUCUGCAUAAAUAGGCAUAAGUAAACAAGUCUUGAAGUAAUUGUACCGUACCCACAAACCUCGAACACCACUUUGAUUGGUGCGGUACGUG